AUGUCAGGUCUACCUACAGAGUCACUGCUGUGCCGGCUGCUGGUCGACAUCCUGGUCUUCGAUUGUACUCCUCGACGACUGGACAACACAACAGCGGUGGAAAGGUUCCUACCGGCGGUGCUGGCAAGACUGUUCUGCAAAACAGCGCAGCUCGAACGGCGCCGAUGCUGUAAGCGAGGCAAGAAGGGCGAAGAGUGCAAAGCACAAAGCCAUGCAGAUAUCACGAGCUUCUCCGCGCCGUACAAGUACGACAUCUGCCAGUAUCACGAGCACACUACCGAAGAGGCGCGCAAGCUGUGCCGAGCGAAGUGGAGUGCGAUGAAAACCAAGUAUGGGCUGAAGCUGGAGUUGAAGGAAGACGAUGCGGAGUGA